GAAGGUUUACGUCUAGGAAUGCUAGAGACCGGCAGCGAGCGAAGGAGAUGUGGGCGACAGCAGCAAGAACGUAUCCAUAGUGAAGGAGGAGGAGAUCAGUCAGAAGACCUCUGUGCUUGUUCCUCUUCUCUGUCGGGAGGCAAAGUCUCGCCGCAAACCUCUAUAAAUCCUGUGAUGGCUACGAGUGCCUUGUUGGCCUCGUCUACCCAAAAAGGCCUUCUGCCACAGCAGGUCUGGAGAGAGGUGGAGGGUAAAAGACAGCCGGGCCCGUCUCUUCAUCCGCAGGUCAAACACCGGCCCUCCGUCCUGCGACAGGGAUCCCAAGCAAGUGUCUUGGAAGCUUCUAGACAACAGUUUGAAAACGGUUCGCCUCAACCCGUCCCCAUGUGCAAGACGGACAGAGACUGCCAGCAGUCCUCCCCCCCACCGUCUGACCCGUCUGCCAGACUCCACCGCUCCACCCUGCCCUCCAGACGAGACAGCUUAGAACACAACGCUGCAGAGACCAAGCUACAAGACAGUUCGGGUCCUCCAAACACUAGGGGUGCCAGUGUUUUGUUUAUGAGUGGAUUCUGCCGCUGGCCGGGCUGUGAUGCAGCGUUUGAGGAUUUUCACUCUUUUCUGAAACAUCUUCAUUCUGACCACAGGCCUGAUGAGAAAAGUCUGUCUCAGUGGAAGGUGCAGCAGGACGUGGUGCAGUUCACGGAGAACCAGCUGGCUCUUGAGAAACAGAAGCUGUUUGCGAUGCAGCUCCAUCUCCACCAUUCUGAGCAGGAAUCUACUGAGCUGAAGGCGAUGUCAGACUGGCCGUACAGCGUGGCUCUCUUCCUGCCUCAGGUUCGGACAGCUGGUGGGAAUUUAAUGCCACACUUUAACAUGAUACGAACAGAGGAGCAGAACAGCUACUGGUCCACAGGCACCGUUCACCUUCUGCCAGAUUUGGUCCCCAGUAUGGAGUGUUAUAAACACAACAACAUCAGGCCCCCAUACACCUACGCCUAUCUGAUACGAUGGUCCAUACUGGAUUCUCCAAACCAGCAGUGUACUUUGAAUGAGAUCUACAACUGGUUCACGGCCAUGUUUUACUACUUCAGAAACAACACAGCCACCUGGAAGAAUGCCGUGCGUCACAACCUCAGCCUGCAUAAGUGCUUCGUGAGGGUGGAGGGGGGGAAGGGGGCCGUGUGGAAAGUCGACGAGACCGAAUACCAGAGGAGGAAAGGGCAGAAGUACUACAGGGAUCAUCCUGUGAAUUGGCUGACGUCACAUUCCCACUUUCGUCCGGAGGAACCCUGAAGAAAAACAAACGCCAACUGAAUUCAGCCCAGGACCAUGCUGGGUGUAGUCUGCAAUACUUUACAUAUAUUUAAGAGGGUUUCGACAAUUUUGACUUUUUUUUUCCCCCCAGUGAGUUUUAUUUUCCCUGUGACUACUUCCUCAUCUGGAUGAAGGGUAUACAUAAGGAUAGGAGGUGUCGCAUAUUGUCACCUACUCUGUUUGUGUCUAACGGCUGAUGUGAUGGGAUUGUAAAGCCCCUCUGGGACCGAAUUGUGAUUUAAGUAAUGUAUUAAUAAAGUUUGACUUGACUAAUAAAACCUUGGGACCAAC